AUGAAUCCAGUUAGGCGGCCAGGCACGUCUCAUUCUUUUGUGACAGAGUUUGAGGGUUCUGGGCAAAUCAACCCAAAUCCUGUGACUGCUAAGGACUCAGACCUGCUGUUUGAUAUUUACCUCUCUCCUGCAAAGCUGAGGAACCUGUCUGGGUCUGAUGAUCUACAGCAGGUUACAAGCUUGGAGAUGUGUGUUGACACCCGGCAAACUAUUCUGGGCAACUUUGGUAUUUACUUGCCCAGUCUUGUGCAACUGAAAAUGAACAACAGUGUGAUCUUAUCUGUGCGGGAUCUCGGAAUCACUCUGUCCCACCUCCAAGUGCUUUCCCUGGUUCGAUGCGGCCUAGCCGACUUGGAAGGGCUCCCCUCACUGUCCUCGCUUAAGGAGCUAUAUGUGGCCUACAACAAUGUGUCAGACCUGAGCCAGGUAUGCAUGCUGGAACAGCUGGAGCUGGUGGACCUCGAGGGGAAUGAUGUAGAUGACCUGGUUCAAGUGCAGUACCUGGGUCUGUGUGGGAAACUAAAAAUCCUGACAUUGGAGGGAAAUCCGGUAUGCACCUGCCCCAGUCCAGGAGCAUCACAGGUUUCUGAGUACAACUAUAGGUCUGCUGUAAGGAAGCUAAUUCCACAACUUGAAAUCCUGGAUGAUGCUCCAGCCAAGGAGGAAGAACCUUGCUGUUCCAUCGCUAUGAUGGAGGACUGGGCUCUGCUUAAAGAAUCCAUUAAAGACACUGCUUCCAUUACAGACAGUGCAAAACACUGCCUGGAACUCAUGGAAUUAAGAGGCGCAAGUGUGGAUGACUUGUCACGACCCGGGUCUGCCCACCGCCCAGGCACCAGUGUGGGAUACAGCAGUCUUCCCAGUCGCCCCGGCACUGCCAGGCCUCCUUUAUCCUCCGUCAGCUCCAGACCAAGCUCAGCUGAUUCAGAUGCAGAUACUCCAGGCUAUGAGGCCAGUGAUUUGACACAUGGGGUGGGAAGUGUUCUCUUUUGUGGGAAUCCUCUUCAGGCUAUCCGCGCACGACGACAGAAAAUAAAGCUUCAAGGCCCCAGUUCUCAGUCCAGACCCUGUACUCGAUUAGGUAGUUAUGUCCCUGAACACACGUAUGAUGUUGAAGAAUCAAGCAGUCAGGACCGCAGUCAUGUGUUUGCUGAACUCAGAACCUGGAGGAAAAAACAUAACAAACAUCUUUUGGCUGUUGAGAGAGAACGUCAGCCACAGGUGAUGAAAAUCGUGCAUGAUGAUAAUGAUGAUGAUGAUGAUAAAGACAGCAGUCAUGAAUAUGAUGAAGGAGCCCAUAGUCUCAGUCUCAUCAGUGACAGAGAAGACAUAGAGGAAACCGAAGAAGGACAAAAGACUGGCCACAGAGAUACUCAGUCUCCUGAUUCCUUGCUCCAGUCUCCUUCUCCAGAAGUGUCCAGGCUGUCGUCUUUAUUAGACAACAUUAUGGCUCCUUCUCCUCCACCCAGAGGUGCAGCGCUCUCUACUGGCAAUAGGAUAGCAAAGGGUCGUGACUGCAGACUUAAAAUCAGCAACAUGGGGGUUGGUAUGCAAAAGCUUACCAGGGAAACCAUUGCAUCAGAUGUAACAGCAUCAAGAGAUAUGAACGAUGAGUUUCUGUGCCUUGGGGCUUUCAAAAUCCAACCUGUCCCACCUCCGAUCCUCAAUAAACCUCACAGACCGGGCUCCAGCCCCAUGAUCACUCCACAAAGGGAGCACUGUUCAAGAACUAGUCCAUCCGACAGUGAGCACAAGCCAAUCGUUUGCUCAGUGAUGCCUGAGAGGCCAACGCCCACACGUCCUCACACAGCGAGAGCUGCUCUACAGAGACCCCUUGUCCGUCCUGGUAAAGCAAGUGGGCAUCUGGACUGA